AUGGCAAACACUCGACCCGAUGAACACCAGAAACAGAUAGAAAACCGUAUCCAAAAAGGUGAUCUUAAGUGUUACUUGCAAAGCGACAUUGAUAAGAGCCAAAUGGCUAUAGAUGCUGGCGGAUGUGGUAUAAUAUACAAGGCAAGAAUUAAGAUCUCUGGAGAGCAUGUCGCAAUAAAAAAGCUGCGUCGCCGUCCGUACGAGGAUAAGAGCACAGUAAACAAAAUGCUCGCAAAAGAGUAA